UAAGAUGCGUGCGCAUAUACGCACGGCUGUUGGUCCUUUUCUACGCGUUACAUGCUCGUGUUAGAGGAAGGAACGUCCCAAUGUUGAUAAACAUAUUAUUACAUUGCAAACCGAAUAGAGUUGUUUAAGAAGAACUGUGGUGAAUUUCUUUCGUAUAUUUUCGAACUAUGGAAAACGAACGACUUUACGAGUUACGAAGCAGAUCGCGCUCCGGAACUCCUUUGGUGCAAAGCCGUGCCUUGAUCGAACCGGAGAUUUCGGAACGUCGUUACGAUUUGAGAAGUCGAAGUAAAGAGAGAUCUCCUGGAGAAGUUACGUUAUCUGGUAACGAUCCGGAGUCUACGACGGAAAGGAGUGCGACGAAGCUAGAACGUCGGUCCGAACGACAAAAAGCAAGGAGGCAGAUACACGCGAAUGGUCGAACUGCCGAUGGUAAAGUAGCAACUACUCUCACCAGUGAUUAUUCUUCGGAGGAAGGAGAAGAUUUGUCUACCAACCGACCAAGUUCUGCCCACGAAAUUUAUAAACAAGCUGGCGAUUGGUGGAACGUGUUCCCGAAAACGGAUUAUACGUAUUCCGAGAGAUCUCGAUGUCGUUAUGAAAUAGCACCAGGUAUACUAGCGAUGCCCAAUAUGUCGCGACGUUCUAUCCAUUCGGAUCUUAAUCGACUUUCCGAUAGCGGUAUAUGCAGCGGUGAAACAACCAGCGUUGAAAAAGAGAAAGGAGGAGAAAAUAGUACGCAGAUCGACGACGACGACGACGACGACGAGUUUCACGGAUCACGUAUGGAACGCUAUCGUUGUCGUAGAGAAGUAACGGUACCCGAGACUUGGACGAAUUCGCGAUCGAAAUGUAUCGAUUCUGACGCCGAAAUUGAAGAAGCUGUUUCGAACGAUCGCAACGGAAAUGGGAUUGUUGUUUCACGGUUCGGCAAACUCUGGAAAUUUCUAAAUCUCGAAAGAAGAGAAUCUAAACGGUUGAAAGUAUGGCGAUCCGUCGACCGUUCCUUGCAGUACGUUUAUUUCUUCAUGGUGAAAGUGUUCUUCUUCGAUUCGUGGCUACUGAGUCGAAUAUCUGGCGUAAGAAGAUGGUUCCAUCGGAGAAACCCGAACGUCGUUUGGGUCGCUGCUUUACUGCCGUUGCUGCUACUUCUUACUGGAACUUGCAUCGUGCGAAAACAGUCCUUUAUUCGUCUGGAUUCUCUGCACAGUAUUCCCUACGAUGUCACUGAGACGAGCAAUCGCAUCUUUAACGAUAUUAUCAGUUGCUGGUGUUUACUACCGUGUCUUUCGACGUUGUUGCUCCCGGUCGAAGUUGUUGUCACGCGACAGAGCGAUGCAGGAUUGUUGUUUUUAAAGAAAGAAACGAUGGAAAACGGAGAUCCGGAAAACUUCGACGCUAGAAAACCGAGCAGUUUGGAGGAUCGAACUAAUGAGAUAUUGCUGUUGGAAGAGGGAUUGAAGUAUAUCUACAGUCGGGAAAUUGAUAGGAUUGAAUCGCAAUUCGAGGCGUUGAAAGAACUUUGUUCGAAAUCGUGUUGCGACACUGACACGACGAAGUACGUUACGAGUGAAGAUUUAGAGAAGCGUAUCGAAACGGUUUUGACGAAUUACUUUGUUGCUACUGUAACGCAGAAGAAAGAAGAAAUCGAAGUCGAAGAUGACGACGAUCGUGUGCGCGAAAUAGUCAAAGAGGCGUUGAAGGUAUACGACGCGGAUAAAACGGGACGCGUCGACUAUGCUUUGGAACCUGCGGGAGGUCAAAUUAUUAGCACACGAUGCACCCAAAUAUACGAUAUAAGAACAAGGGCGUUCAAACUGUUAACUUUUACACUUUACCACGAAAAUAACAAUCCCCGCACGGUGAUACAAGGAAAUCCGAUACAACCAGGUGCUUGUUGGGCGUUUCAAGGAUUCCCAGGGUAUCUGUUGAUCAAGUUACGCAAUUCUAUUUACGUUACCGGAUUCACGGUAGAACAUGCGCCGAAGUCGAUUUUGCCGAAUGGAGAAAUGAAAAGUGCCCCGAAAAAAUUUAACGUCUGGGGUUUCGUCGACGAAAAUGAUCCUGAACCGGUGAUGUUUGGAGAUUACGAAUUUGCAGCUUCGGCUGACAGUUUGCAAUAUUUUCCAGUUCUGAAUACAACGAUCGAGGCACCCUACGAGUACGUGGAACUGAGAGUACAUAGUAAUCAUGGACAACUAGAGUAUACCUGUUUGUAUAGAUUCCGUGUUCACGGCAAACCGUUUUAAAUCGUCCGUUUUUAAUGUGUAUAUGAAGGGAAAAAGUGAGAGAGAGAGAGACAGCAUGUGCCUUCGAUUGAUAUAACAAUAUUACCGUAUCGCAAGCGAGAGAGAGAGAGAGAGAGAGAGAGAGAGAGAGAGAGAGAGAGAUUUUGAAAAGUUACCAUACGUAGACAAUGCCUAAACGUUCAAACACAGAGUCGAUUACUCAACUAUACGUUUUCUUCGUGUGUAAGCGCGUGUGCGUGUUUGUGCGGUUUUUUUUUAGGUUUAUCGUCGUUAAGCACAAGAGGAAGAAG